UUGUGUGUCGCGCGCUUUGUGGUAAACAGAUUCCUCUGAACCUGCGAUGGGGCCGAACAAAAUCACACAGGAGGAUCAGCAGUUCAACAUAAACUUUGUGGGAGAAGUGAAAAAGCAUAUGUGUCUGUUUGAUAGCAACAGUUCGGAGUAUAAACAAGCCGCGAUGCAGGACAAAGCUUGGUCCGCUGUGUCCGCGGCAGUGGACGAAUCGGUUGACACUUGCAAGAAACGGUGGCGCAACUUGCGCUGCUGUAUGACCCGUUACCUCAAGUCUCUGCGGGACAACAACGAGUCAUCGGCCCCCUUCCGCCGGAAGCCGUACUAUCUGUAUCAACACAUGCAGUUCGUUCUGCCGUACCUGAAAGUCAAGGACGACGCAGCCAGCAAUUCGUACGAGGCGGAUGACUCGAACUGGGACAAACAUAACUCAUCGACCGUUCCGGUCCCGGUGACCCUCAUCAAGACCAACGAUGAAGAGGAAACGGAGGAGGAAGCGCAAGAGAUAGAAACGAUCGACGUGCAGGAAGAGGACCAGCAGCAGCUGAAACAGAGCAUCAUCCAAUCUAUCAAAAUCCUAGGGCAAGAAACGCAAACCCAUCCCGCGCACGAGCACCAUCACCACGAGCAGCAUGACGCCACUCCGGAAGAGGCCGCUACGACGACUACGACCACCACUACGUAUGAAAUCAUUGCUGCCCCGACUCCCAGCAAGCAAGCGAGGCUUUCGAAUGCCCAACCGAAUGCAGGUUCCGCGAGUCCGACCGACAUCGGUAUGCAAACGGCCGCUGACACGAAAAAGGAUAUAAUGCUCCAACGACAGUUCUACACCCUAACGGGAAACACAGCCCCAGCGACGUCAAACCUUCCGAUGUUCACAUCGCCCCCGAUGGGCCACCAACCGCAGACGACCACCUUCGCCCAGCCAUGUCCGGGACAGCUACAGCCUACCGCACAGACCUUUGCCCUCAUACAAACGCCCCCGACGGUGGCGAACGAUGCGGAUCACAACUUCUUCCAGAGUCUCGUCCCGGACAUUCAGUCCAUGACGAUGGAGCAAAAGCGGAAGCUCAAAAUUGGAAUUUUACAACUAAUCGACACGAUUCUGAAUUCGUAGAACCCCUCCAGAAGCGGCAGCCGCAAGUCCACUAGACUUAUGCCAAUUCAGCUUAUUGUUUACAUUUAAUUUUAAGUUAGGCAAACGGGAACAGACAGAGACCGUAGGAGCAGAUUUCGGGUUAUAAACGUUGCAUGAUCCAACAGAGGAAAACUACAUCAAUCAGAUGUAGCCCUUCAAUGCCAGCGGCCGUCGGAGGCCGUCCAAUACGCCCUCUCCAUAGGCUUGUGCAAUGUCACCAUCUUUAAGCCCUUCUAAACACUGAGAGCUCCCCGGAAAGAAAAAGUUAUUUUGAUUUGUAAAAUCGCAUUGUAAAAUCUUUUCAACUAGACACUACUUUUCAUUGUGCAGCUUAAGAGUUGCGUAAUUACUUUUAAGU